AUGUCUGGCAUCCAAUUAAAGAUUAUCAGGCAGACAAAGAAACAGGAAAACGUGUCCCAUAAUGAGAAAGGACAUGGAAAGGCUCAUUCAGGAACUUUCUGCUGGAAUACAGACCGCGCUGGACACUGUGGGAAACUCCUGCUAAGUGGUAACCAGGGUCUCAUUGAAAGAGCUGGAGCUGAAGCACUCCUUGAAGUCAGAAAGAUUCCAGUGAGCCCGGUGGGAGUUCCAGGCCCACCACUGCCCUACCAGCAGAGGCAGGCGUACCUGCAGCAGCACAGAAAUGCAAUGCAGUUCCUCCACGAGCACAAGAGGCUGAAGGAGAGAUGGGGAGGCUCACGGAGGGUGACGCGUGCACUUCAGGUGCCUGUCAAGGACAAUGUGUCCAUCCGAAACUGCCCCGCCAAUGGACUCCUGCGCCGCCCGCGGUUCCCGCCCCCGCCUCGGCCUCCGGACGCCCGCGCUGCCUUCCCUCAGGCCGCCGCGGCGGCGCCCGCCCGCAUCUCCAUCCGGGUCCUCGCGCGCUGCUCUCCGGGCGCGGCGGUAGGCAACGGCGGGCGCGAGGUCCGGGCCAUCCUGGCGGCGGCGGCGAGCGGCUUUCCCCGGGAGCCUGAGGUGGGUACGGCGGGCAAGGCAGCGAGCGCGGGGCCGUCGCCAUUUUAUUUCCCUCAGAUUCGCCGCGGCAGGCAGGCAGGAGGGGAGAGUUAUGCACCGGCCCGACGCGGCCUGAAACCCGUGGGACAGCCAGGCGCCCUCCCGUGGACGGGUGGGUCCGAGGUGGGCGGCCAGCGGAGGCUGUGGGUGCCCGGGACGCGGGCGGGGGAGGGGUGCCGCGUGGCCCAGGCGGCGCGGCCCCAGCCCCCUCCGCUUCCCGCCCAGCUCCUUACCGACGGGGCGGGGGAGGGGGUCAUUCUUCACAUUCCUUACCCCGCCCCUCCCCCCGCUUCAAUCAAACUUGGGGCGGGCGGAAGUUCCGCCUUUUGGCUGGCGCCCAUUGGCCUGCGCAGCCUCCUGCUGUGGCGUGACUGGCUGUGGCUGCUGCCAGGUCUUUAUGACGUCACUUCCGCUAUCAGGUUUGUGGGCCGGGGAGACCUUGGCCUUGGGGGUUGGGAUGAAGGAGUGAAGGUAGGAAGUGCUGGGGGAGGGACCGAGCGGGAAGGCGCGGGCGGGAGAGCCGGGGCUGGCUCCUUGCCCCUGCUCCGCUCGGCCGAGAGCCGAGCGGCCUCCGUCCUGGAGCAGCUGCUGCGGCUGGAGGUCCGCCGCUGCGGCCGUCCUUGGAAACCAGGAUUACCGAAGAGAAAGCCUUUCCGUGGUGCUCCGCUGUGGUCCUUUUCAACAUUGACCCUGGAUAUUCUCUUCACUGUGGGAUGAGGUCAAGAGGAAACGGAGGGCUAAAACCCCUGACAUCUGGCACCCGAACAGGGACACAGAACAGGGACAUGGAACAGGGACCCAGAACAGGAACAUGAAGAAGUCGGUUCACCAAGAGUGAAAGUAUCUGCGAGCCAAGCCAAGCGAGUUCCAAGGAAUGAAAAGACCAUUCUGGACGCUUUGCCUGGUUGUGACCACAGUCCUCAUUGUCUCCCUCAUGGCAUUCAUCAUGGCCACGGGGAUGAGAACUGGACUUGCUGGCCUCAGUACUUCUUUAUAGAUAUACAAUAAUGCACCAAGUUGCCAGCACUAUCUUGGACCUGCAAUCUUAACUCGAUUCCUUGGCUGCGGUAGUCCUCCAAAACCAUCACAGCUUAGACCAGCUUACUGCCCAAGAAGGAGGACUAUGUCUGUUCCUACAGGAGGAGUGCUGUUUCUAUGGAAUGGGCUCCUCCAGUUUCUCAAGGAUCAAGCCAGAGCUGUUCAACUGAUAGUGGUCCGGCAGCAAUAUAUCAUCUUACAAGAUACUGACUGUGAACCCUAUGAGUUUGGCCACGGCCCCUACCAGGAUGUGCAGAUAUAAGCCAGGAGCAGAAAGGUUUCCUUCCUAGGCAAUAGCCAUCUCCUUCCUUGAAGCUUCCCAUUGGGCCUGCAGGCCCUGCAGGUAGGAUUACCCGAAGAGCUAGAGUGGUAGUCAGUGAUGGGUAAGAUCCCCAGAAGGGGACAACCUAAGACAGGCACACUCUCGAAUAAGGCAAACACCUGCUAAUAAAACGAAAAGGGGGAGAUGUAGGGCAUGACUUGCUGCCCGCUUCCCAGUCUUGGGGCCGAACAUGUGGCUGGGAUGGUGCCUGGCGAUCAGCCAGGAGGUGGUGCUGUGGGUGGUGAUGGAAAAAACAGACCACCUCCAGGAUAGGUCCAGGACUCUUCCACCCUCAUGGACAGCUCAUGCCUUCCCUUACAGACCUUGGGAUGGGUGUACAUGUGAACUCGCUCCACCCCUCUGACCUUUAUCCUGAUUGGCUCCUGCGCAUUAUAUUAGCUGUGUGUACUUCCUCAAUAAAUGAGAUCCUGCUUUGA